AUGGCUCAAAACCCUCCGAACAACGACUCUGCGCGAGCUGUACAGUAUCUGUACCUCAAUCAGGACGAUCGCGCACCCGAGGCUCCUGCUCAGCGCCCCGCGAUCAAUGUCCCGAUUGACCUUGGCUACAGCAUGCAACGAUUCGUCAAUUCGCACGCCCAUAUCGAGGAUAGCGUGUUACGUCCGUUGCAGCACUUUGCGAACAGCACGCCGCUCACUGAGGCUCAGUCACGCGCGCGCAUGGCGGCUAUUCUAGCCGCUGCAGCCAAGGCCUCGGCGCCGACGCGGGAUUGA